AUGCUGGCAUGCCAGAUAGUCAAGUACAAUGAACCUCAUCAAAUCCGACGUAUUCCCACUCCCAAACCUCAAGACCUCGGACCCCACGAUCUUCUUCUGAAAGUCGCCGUUGCCUCGUUAUGCCAUUCCGAUCUCGAAUAUCUUUCGGGUAACCUCUACAACAAACUUCCAGUAACCGCUUCACAUGAAGGAACUGGAGUUGUCAUUGCCAAGGGCAGCGCUGUGACGAAAUUCCAAAUCGGUGAUAGGAUCAUGGCCGGCCAGACAUACGGGCGCUGUGGAGACUGUGAUAACUGUAAUGGCGAGGAGAGCUACCGCCAUUACUGUCCAAAUAAGGGGAGUGCCAUGAGCGUAGAGAGAAACGGAGCAUUCCAGGAAUAUCUGGUGACAGAUGCGAGAGAAGCAUGUCGUAUCCCGGAGGGGAUGUCCUUCCUCACUGCUGCGCCCCUGGCCUGUGCUGGGGUAACAGUAUGGCGGGGAGUUCUGCUCGCUGACCUGAAUCCUGGACAAUGGAUAGGCAUUGUUGGUUCUGGAGGCGGAUUAGGACACUUGGGGAUCCAGUUUGCAAAGGCAAAAGGAUUGAAGGUUUUAGGUAUCGACGCGAGAGACGACGGCAUUGAGUUAUCGAAGGAAGCUGGUGCGGAUUUUGUCCUGGAUGCGCGCAAGGGCAAGGACGAGGUAGCUCGAGAAGCUCUCCGAAUCACCGGCGGCAAAGGUGUUGCAGCCACAAUCAACGUGAGCGACGCCAAGUCAGCAGCGUCCACCGCUUGUGCAAUCACCAGAAUGCAUGGCACAGUGAUCCAAGUUGCUUUGCCCCCAGAGGUUUCCAUCCCGUUCAGCGAAUAUAUAUUCCGUGAUAUACGGGUGCGAGGUUCUUUUAUCUGCUCGCCGAAAGAAGCAGAGGAAAUGCUCCAGCUUGUCGUAAAGCACGAUAUCAAAGUCCAGUCGAAUAUAUUCCAUGGAAUUCAUGAAAUCCCAAAGGUAGUCGAUAUGCUGAGCAAAGGUCAGUACAGAGGAAAAGGAGUGAUUGUUAUUGAUGAAGAGGGAGCGGGCAGAGUAAGCAAGUUGUAA